GCUAGACUGGCUUUUACUCAGUAGAUUCAAAGAUACACGAAUUUCAGGCAAGGAGAGUGCAUCACCUGUGUACAAUUUUAAGAUAAAUUUGUGAAAGGAUGAAAUAACAUAAUUUCAUCAACAUAUGAAGGCAUUCUUUUGGAUCGAGUACCACGUUGAAUUCUGAGCGUCUAUUAAUAGAUCUGAUCAUAUAUGUUUCAGCGUUUGACUCCUGAUGCACUGAGGCUACAGCAAAGCUAAACCAGACAAGGCGAAAAUUUUGUAGGAAAUGCCACUCCUUGGAACUGACAACGUCCAAAACAGAUUAAUUCGAUUCACAUCCCAUCUUGUCAAGGUCAAGGCCAUAUAAUAUUGGUACAAUCGUACUUUUGCAUAGUGGUUUCAUAACUCAAGGGAAUCCAUUCAAAAUGAACAUGUUGGCCAAGGCAGCCUUGGUAGAUUUUUGCAUCCAGUGGCUGUGUUGGGCGGUAGCGGCAACUUUGAAGACAGAGAAGUUUUAUGAUUUAGCUGGAUCCAGUACUUUCUUCUUGGUUGUGGUCCAGACAUUAGUUUGGGGAGAACGCUACUUCACAAGGCAAAAGGUGCAGACAGGACUGGUGGCAAUAUGGGCUGUCAGGUUAGGCAGCUAUCUGGUCCCCAGGAUCCUUCAAGAUGGCCAUGACAAGAGAUUUGAUGGGGUCAGGGACAAUCCACCCAAAUUCCUCAUCUACUGGACAAUACAGGGAGUCUGGGUCUUUGUUACCCUGUUACCAACUCUUCUCCUCAACCUGAAGAAAAAUGACCUAUCAUUGUGUGCCAGAGACAUUUUGGGCUGGGGAUUAUGGGUAGUGGGGUUUCUGUUUGAAGCCAUUGCCGAUUACCAGAAAUCUCAGUUCAGGAGUGAUCCUGCUAAUAAAGGCAUGUUUAUACAGGAAGGACUAUGGUCAAUCAGUCGACACCCAAAUUAUUUUGGCGAGAUCUUAAUGUGGACAGGACUGUUUAUCUCGGCCAGCUCGGUGCUGGAAGGAGUGGAGCUCCUCAGCGUUAUUUCUCCCAUGUUUGUAGCAUUUCUGCUGAUCAAAGUCAGUGGUAUUCCUUUGCUGGAAAAGGCAGGACUGAAAAAAUGGGGCUCCAACCCAGCAUAUCAGGACUACCUGAGGGAUAUAGCAGUGUUGGUGCCAUACGUGUGGUAGGCUUGAUGUCAGGG